ACUAGUCUGAGCGGUCAGGUUAAGUGCGCCUACCUGACACUUCCUGCUGUCGUCGUUAUGGCUUUUUCCUUUCAUGCGCGUGGAUGACGUUUCUUACAUCUAUAUCACUGCCAUGUUUGUAUGCCUUCAUCAGAUGUUUUCAAUUAGAAUUUCCACGUCCUCCGGCUGAAGCGCUGCGACCUUGGGUAUUUACUCACAUUUGGAGGAAUAUUGGUUGCGGUGUAGUUUAGCCCUGCAUACGAUAGGCCUACUACAAAGAUUGGAUUGUGAUUUGGUGGUUGGAGUUUUAUUUUCGUUUAUGUUACCCAGUUGAUACAGCAGUGAGACGCAACAGCGAGGGACUGACCCUCGUAUUUGUAGAGAUAUGGAUGAGAGGUCAUGUGUGCUGUCCAGCUAAGGGCCUUGGUCGCCCCUCCCGCUGCACGUCGUCGUGAGCAUGUACCGUAGGAACGGUCUCUCGGAUGGCGCCAGCAUCAACUCCGCCUCCUCAGUGGGAAGCAGCAGCUCGGACUCUCUGGAUGGGCCGGGCUUGGACUUCUCCAAGAGUUACGACGCCGUUGUGUUUGACGUGCUGAAGGUGACGCCCGAGGAGUUUGCUGGGCAAAUCACAUUGAUGGAUGCUCCAGUAUUCAAAGCGAUACAUCCAGAGGAGCUGGCUAGCUGUGGAUGGAACAGGAAGGAGAAACACCGGCUGGCGCCCAACGUGGUUGCGUUUACACGCAGGUUCAACCAGGUUAGCUUUUGGCUGGUGAGAGAAAUUUUGACAGCCCAGACACUGAAGAUCCGAGCAGAAAUACUGAGCCAUUUUGUUAAAAUAGCCAAGAAACUGUUGGAACUGAAUAACCUCCACUCUAUGGUGUCUGUGGUGUCAGCCCUGCAGAGUGCUCCCAUCUUCAGGCUGAGCAAGACCUGGGCGCUGAUAAGCCGGAAGGACAAGACCACGUUUGAGAAGCUGGACUUCUUGACAUCCAAAGAGGACAACUACACGCGCAUGAGGGAGUACAUCCGUUCUCUCAAGAUAACGCCAUGCAUCCCCUACCUGGGCAUCUACCUAUUGGACAUGAUCUAUAUCGACUCGGCCUAUCCGGCAUCGGAUAGCAUCAUCGAGACAGAACAGAGGACCAAUCAGAUGAACAAUUUGCUGAGGGUGAUCUCUGACCUGCAGAUGUCCUGUAAAUAUGAUCACCUGGUGACCCUCCCCCAUGUUCAGAAGUAUUUAAUGUCCGUGCGCUAUAUCGAGGAGCUUCAGAAGUUCGUAGAGGACGACAACUUCAAGCUUUCUCUGAAGAUUGAACCUAUGCACGGCUCCCCGCGCAUGGCCUCAUCCAAGGAAGACCUAGCAGGUCCGUCUGAUGUGUCUGCCUCUGUGAGGUACAACUACCGGCGACCCACCUGUCCCGACGCCUCGGUGAUGGUGCAUAUGCCCACCCCUCCCCCCUCUCGCCACAGGAAGAGCCACAGCCUGGGCAACAAUAUGAUGGCGUACGGCAUGGUGGAGAGUAAGAGCGCCACAUUCCCCAUUGAGAAGCCACGCCACCUGCUGGAUGACAGCUUCCUGGAGUCCCAGAGCCCAGCUCGAAAUGACCCACACAGCAUGGCCGUAUCUAACGGCAUGUCUUUAGGCAGCAGUGAAAGCUCAUUCGGCGAGGAACUCUCGCCAGGGAUGGAAAGGGGACGCAUGUAUGCCACACUGGGCCCCAACUGGAAGGUCCCUCUACGUAAUUCACCCCGGAGCCGCAGCUAUGUUUACAGCCCCUCAGGUGCCAACCCGUGCCAUGGGUGCAGCGAGGUGGGAAGUGUUACUAUCGAGGGGCCCCUUCGGAGGAAGACCCUGCUGAAAGAGGGCCGAAAACCCAAGUUGUCAUCGUGGACACGCUUUUGGAUCACUCUCUCUGGUUCGACGCUGACGUUCUACGGGGCCAAAGCCUUGAGGGCCUCCGAGAGGAAGCAUUACAAAUCUUCAGCCUGUAAGAAGGUUUGUGUAACGGGCUGGAUGGUGGUCCUGCCUGACGACCCGGCUAGACCGAACAUCUUCCACCUUAACGACCCGGAUAAAGGUAAUGUUUACAAGUUCCAGACAGGAUCCAGAUUCUCUGCUAUCAUCUGGCACAAAAACCUGGAGGAGGCUUGCAGGAGCUGUAGACCUCAGAUACCAACCAACCUAAUGUCAUUUGAGUAGUGGACAACCAGUCAGCUUGCCCAGUGGGGAGUUAGUGCCAAGCCCAUUUCUAUGGGAGUCUAACAAACUCUGAUAAAAUGGUGGAAUGGAGGAAUUGAUUGGAAUCCUAAGAAAUGAGUGGUGAGGAAGUGUGUCCUGUGUCCGAUUCUACAGACUGGAGCAGAUGCUCUUUACCACUAGAGACACACACACAGCAGCGUUUUAGCCAAGGACUACGUGCGAUGUCUCUCUUUCCGGAGAAAGGAAAACAAAUAUUUAAGCCCUUGUUUCGUGUCAAAGCUUUCUCGCUUGUCGUCGUUUGUUUCCGCUGCUAUAAACGUGUGAGCAAGCUCAUAUUUCUUUGGCCCAUGUUGGGUUUUGCUUAGAAGAAAGGAUGGAAAAAAAAUACCUGUAAAUGCACAAAGAAGACUGACAAUGUUAAGAGACUGUGAUAAGUAGGCUCAGGGGACCAGUGACUUGGGCCCUUGGAGAUCAACACUGCCAUGGCCCCCUAACUAUUUGAGCCAACGUUUCAGACCACUGUUGACUGGACACAUUGCAAAACACAAGCUAGAUGGAUGCUCAUCGUCGACCCUGGUCCUUGCGUCAUGCAGCCGGACUGAUACUCAUCGUCGACCCUGGUCCUUGCGUCAUGCAGCGGACUGAUACUCAUCAUCGACCCUGGUCCUUGCGUCAUGCAGCGGACUGAUGCUCAUCGUCGACCCUGGUCCUUGCGUCAUGCAGCCGGGCUGAUGCUCAUCGUCGACCCUGGUCCUUGCGUCAUGCAGCAGGACUGAUGCUCAUCGUCGACCCUGGUCCUUGCGUCAUGCAGCGGACUGAUGCUCAUCGUCGACCCUGGUCCUGCGUAUGCAGCGGACUGAUACUCAUCGUCGAUCCUGGUCCUUGCGUCAUGCAGCAGGACUGAUGCUCAUCGUCGACCCUGGUCCUUGCGUCAUGCAGCCGGACUGAUGCUCAUCGUCGACCCUGGUCCUUGCGUCAUGCAGCAGGACUGAUACUCAUCGUCGACCCUGGUCCUUGCGUCAUGCAGCAGGACUGAUACUCAUCGUCGACCCUGGUCCCUGCGUCAUGCAGCCGGACUUUACAGCAGAAGUCAUGACUCUUUGAGUUUUCAGAUAAGGGAGAAAGGACUUGGCUUUCUGAAUAACUAGUUAUUUAACAUCCAAGGCUCAGCCAAUCCUGAACCACCCCCUGCUCUGUCAGACCAUACUAUUUAUUAUAGCCAUACAAACAAUGUCUGCCGAUUUAAAGACCAAUUUUUUAAACUCCAAGUAGGUUGAGCAAGAAAAGGCUUUAUUGGUUCGGAUGAGAUGACAAAUGGUGAUAAAGACUUUUCUACCGGUCAGAAAUGAAACAAACACACAUAAAAAAAAAAAAAAUUGUUGCACUUUUGUCAUAACAUUUUGAGUUUGAUUCACAACUUUAUUGUCCAUCAAGGGGAAAUGUAUUUGGUCACUUGCAAUGACAUUCGUCAUCAUAUAGAAAAGACAUCACAGAUUUUUUUCCUCAUGUAGACGAACCAGCUUGAAGCUUCACUACCAGAUAAAGGCCAGCUUAGAGAAGGGUUAAGAAGAAACUAGAUCAGCGAAGGCCUUCAGUUCUCUUGUGGUAUUAAUCUGGUUGAGAUUUCAGACAAGUCAGUGGGUUUCAGCACCAUCAGUGAGUUAAUUGUAAAUACUUAAAAAUAUAUAUAUUUUUGUAUUUAUUUUCUCUUUAGUUGUCAAUGGGAAAUGAUAGCAUGGUAUGAUUUCAAGGGACAGUUCACCCAAAAUUACACCCUGUGAACAAGUUAUGACAGCAAUCCAUGCUAUGGUUUAGUUUCCUUGGGAACGGUUUCCACAUGCUAACGAUUUAGCAGUUGUGGCACAAAUCCCAUUCAAGUCAUGGGACCGAUAUUAGCAUUUUUAGCACAUAAUUUCCAAAUGAUCCAAAAGUAUCUCAAAUUGUUCGUGAAGCUAAAAAAAAAAAGUAACUUAUUGAGGAUUUGAAAAUGAUGCACAGAAAAUGCUAAUGUCUGUCCAAUGACUUGAAUGGGAUUUGUGCCACAACUGCUAAAUCGUUAGCAUGUGGAAACCGUUCCCAAGGAAACUAAACCAUAGCAUUGACUGCUGUCCAUAGACUGCUUACAGGGUAAGGAAGCCAAUAUACCAUUUUGUAAUUUGGGGGAACUAUCCCUUUAAACGACCCACUGUAAGAAUGUGGUAAGAGUGCACGACAGGGCUCCUGAGUGGCACAGCGGUCUAAAGCACUGCAUCUCAGUGCAAGAGGCGUCACUACAGUCCCUGGUUCAAAUCCAGGCUGUAUCACAUCCGGCCGUGAUAGGGAGUCCCAUAGGGCGGCGCACAAUUGGCCCAGCGUCGUCCGGGUUAGGGCCGGGGUAGGCCGUCAUUGUAAAUAAGAAUUUGUUCUUAACUGACUUGCCUAGUUAAAUAUAAAGGUUAAAUAAAUAAAUUAAAAUAAAACAAUGAGCGGUGAGGACCCUACCCGGUUUCCUGUAAUUUUGAGGGACGCAAAAAAAAAAAGGGAUGUCGAUGGCAUGAAUACAAGCCAAAUGCAUUGCUUCAGAAGCACAAAGUUACAGUUUCAAACAUUAUGUGUGGACUUAUGUUUGUCUAGGACAUUUGAAACACAUUAAGACAUGAUAUCUCAUGUAUGGCUGGAAAAUAAGAACUCAAAUUAUUUCAUGAAUUAACUGAUUUUAUUGAAGCCAUAGUCCCAAAUGCAUCCCCUAUAAGUAUGCUCAAUGCCAAUCAUCUAUGAUGUGACAAUCAUAAGGGUGAGAUUUUACCCGGGUCAAAACGGUUACCUGUGGUUUAAUACACGUUUGGUACUAAAAAUAACCAUCUUUGUAAAAAGUGGUUAGGACAUCAACCUUAAUUUGUAUUUAAAGAAAAAUGUUAUUUUUCUGUAUUAAUUAGCACCCACCAAAGUGUGUAUGACUGAGCCAAUCAAUGAGUUGUUUAAAAGAUAUAUAAUGUUUAUUUUUUUUUAUUUUUUAUGAAGGACUGCAUUCUGAACAAAAAAGAUACGGGUAACUGCCAAAAAUAAAGGAAACACCAACAUAAAGUGUCUCAAUAGGGCGUUAGGCCACCACGAGGUGACAGAACAGCUUCAAUGCGCCUUGGCAAAGAUUCAACAAGUGUGUGGAACUCUAUUGGAGGGAUGCGACACCAUUCUUCCACGGGAAAUUCCACCAUUUGGCGUUAUGUUAAUAAUGGUGGUGGAAAACGCUGUCUCAAGACGCCGCUCCAGAAUCUCCCAAUUGAGAUCUGGUGACUGAGACACACCCUCUUUCAACCCCCUGUUCUCCUGGGAGACACCCUCUUUCAACCCCCUGUUCUCCUGGGAGACCCCCUCUUUCAACCCCCUGUUCUCCUGGGAGACCCCCUCUUUCAACCCCCUGUUCUCCUGGGAGACCCCCUCUUUCAAAGUCUUCUUCUUGCCAUGGUAGCCAAAAUAAUGGGCACCUGGGCAUUUUUAUACAUGACCAUAAGCAUGAUGGGAAACCCUGCUCUAAGGUAUACAAUGACUGACAUGACAAGAGGAAAACUGAUGAUGCACUAACCAAUUUAGAAAUUACACCUUGUGCAUUCUACUAUUACAAUUAACUCAGAAAACCACACCUGUGUGGAAGCACCUGUGGGGCACCCCACUUUGUAUCCCUCAUUUACUCAAGUGUUUCCUUUUAUUUUGGCAGUUUCGUGUAGGUGUUUGGUGUAGUAAUGCCUCUAUGCUAUUGUGUUCCAUAGUUCCACUUUUAUCUAAAUCCCUUUCUUUUGAAACCAGAGAGUCAAUUUAAUGUUUGACCAUAGAAUUAUCUGUGUAGUUGCUACAAUACCGUCCAAGUUUCAGAUUGUAAUUGUUUCACGUGCAUAUUGAAAUGUCCAUAAAUGUGAACGUUAUGUGCUUACACAAACUGAGUGACAAUUGACUUGCAUUGCUUUCACAGACUUACAGUUCUUAUUCUGCCAGCUCAAUGGAAAAUACUUGUUUUAUACUGUUGUCGUCAUGAAGUUAUCAUAUUGUACAUGUCUGAAAGUUGCACAUGUAAUUUAUUAUUACUUUACAUUGAAACAUAGGCCAGUGAGGGAUUUGGAGUGUGUGUGUGGCAAUGAUACAAAUGUUUUGUAAGGCCGGUAUAUAACUUAAGUUAUUAGAAGAUUAUUCAAAGAUGUUCAUUUUCAUAAAGACUUUUGGAAAGCAGAUUGGGAUGUUUCACUCAAGGUCCUCCUCCUCUCAUACCUGUAUCAGUGGACCAGAACUAAAUUAUGGGGGGGCACCCCAAAUGAAGGAUUAGAGGGGGGAGGCACCCCACAUGAAGGAUUAGAGGGGGGAGGCACCCCACAUGAAGGAUUAGAGGGGGGAGACCCCACAUGAAGGAUUAGAGGGGUGAGGCACCCCACAUGAAGGAUUAGAGGGGGGAGGCACCCCACAUGAAGGAUUAGAGGGGGGACACACCCCACAUGAAGGAUUAGAGGGGGGAGACACCCCACAUGAAGGAUUAGAGGGGGGAGACACCCCACAUGAAGGAUUAGAGGGGGGAGACACCCCACAUGAAGGAUUAGAGGGGAGGCACCCCACAUGAAGGAUUAGAGGGGAGGCACCCCACAUGAAGGAUUAGAGGGGAGGCACCCCACAUGAAGGAUUAGAGGGGGGAGGCACCCCACAUGAAGGAUUAGAGGGGGGAGGCACCCCACAUGAAGGAUUAGAGGGGGGAGGCACCCCACAUGAAGGAUUAGGGGGGGGAGGCACCCCACAUGAAGGAUUAGAGGGGGGGCACCCCACAUGAAGGAUUAGAGGGGAGGCACCCCACAUGAAGGAUUAGAGGGGGGAGGCACCCCACAUGAAGGAUUAGAGGGGAGGCACCCCACAUGAAGGAUUAGGGGGGGGAGGCACCCCACAUGAAGGAUUAGAGGGGGAGACACCCCACAUGAAGGAUUAGAGGGGGGGGCACCCCACAUGAAGGAUUAGGGGGGUGGGGCACCCCACAUGAAGGAUUAGAGGGGGGGCACCCCAAUUGAAGGAUUAGAGGGGGGAGGCACCCCACAUGAAGGAUUAGAGGGCGUGGCACCCCAAAUUUACAUUUACAUUUACAUUUUAGUCAUUUAGCAGACGCUCUUAUCCAGAGCGACUUACAGUAGUGAAUGCAUACAUUUCAUACAAUUUCAUAAAAAAAAAUUCUGUGCUGGCCCCCCGUGGGAAUCGAACCCACAACCCUGGUGUUGCAAACACCAUGCUCUACCAACUGAGCUACAGGGAAGGAAGGAUUAGAGGGGUGGGGGGCAACCCAAAUGGAUUAGAAGGGUGGGGGGCACCCCAGAUGGAUUAGAGGGAGCACCCCAGAUGGAUUAGAGGAGUGGGGGGCACCCCAAAUGAUGGUUUAGAUGGAGAGGGGGGGCACCCCAAAUGAAGGAUUGGGGGGGCACCCCAAAUGAAGGAUUAGGGGGGGGGCACCCCAAAUGAAGGAUUAGGGGGGGCACCCCAAAUGAAGGAUUAGGGGGGGCUCCCCAAAUGAAGGAUUAGAAAUGUACAUCUGUAUUUUGAUUCUACUUUGUUCAAACACCUGAAAUGCUAAAACGCAUCACUGUUUCUCUGCGUGUGCAGAGGGUAUUUUGUUUUCUUCAGACAGAAUUAGCUGUCACUAAAAUCAAUACAAUUUGAUGGAUCGUUAUAUUGAAGCAGAUUCAAUACACAUCUUCAAUCCUUGUCAAAUGGAACAUGUGUGUGAGAUCCUGAUUGGCUGGCUCAAUACCCAAAGUCUAGCCCCUGUUGAACUUGAUCUAAAGCCUCUAAGGCUGGGGUUAACAGUUUGUUUAGCAUGUAUAGCAUUCUCACAUUACAAAUAUUACUGUAGCCAUUUCUCCUCAAAUGUCAGAUACAUACAUUGAGCAUACAUGUAUUUGUGUCAUGUACAUAAUACCUUUUGAAGUCACUUUUUGGGUUUGCUAUCAUGUGUUGAAGCUUUAUUUAGUCUGUUUUCUUCUUCUGGUGAUUUUUUUUAAAUUAUUUGAUACUUGUAUCGGACAGAUUUUCUGUUUUUGUAAAAAACGUAGAUAUGUAAUAUGGGACGUUGCAUGUAUUUUGUGUACAAAGUUUUCUGGUGUCUGUAGUGACUGUGAAAAAUGACAACCACUCACUUGUAUUGCCCUGUGAAUAUUUUGCUAAGUUAUUUCUAACCUUGGCAUUGAUGUACGUUGCUGUAUUUUUCAGCUUUAAACGUUAACACCAAUCAUGAAUUAAAACCAUUCUGGAAACUGA